CCCUCUCCGCUCGGCAGGUCGGGGCGCGAGGCGGCGCGGAGCACGGCGGUCCGGCGCGCUGCCGCUGAGGGGUGAGGCGGGGCGCCCCGAAAUGGCGGACGCACGGGGUGUGAGGGGGGAGCGGAGCGGAGCGCGGGGCUCCCCGUGGCCGUUUCGCUGUGUGGCGCGGGGCGGGAAGGGGCGAAGGGGCAGCGUGUGCGGGCUGCCGGCCGGGAGGCGGCGUGUGUGUGGUGCCCGUCUCCGGUCUCCGAGGGCCGACUCUGGUCACGGGGCUGCUUCCCUUCCCCGUGGGCUUUGCAGAACUUCCCACAGGCUUUUCCAGUUUGAAAGGUGUUUUCAUGUCUUGCUCUUAGUUAAACUUGUAGGGCUGCUAGAGGCAGAGGAUGGGGAGAGUGGGGCCGAUUAGGAGUCCGGGCGGUGUCCCGUUGCCUUCACGUGGGGAGCUGUGUCAGUGCUGGUGAGGGGUUGUUGCAACGCUGUGUGUCCCUCGCCAUGAGGGGCUCUCCCGGUAGUCGCUGCUGUGUCGUCUUACAAAGAAUGCAAACUGCUGUACGUUUAACAGCAUAGUAAAAUCUGAUUUUUCUCAGGGACACCGAUGAUCAACCUGUUGCAGUAUCUUGCUGCAUCUUGACAAUUACUUAGCCCUAGAAGUUUAGGCUAGCCCAUAGCAUCCCUUAAAGUGCCCUUCCCUCAUCUCCCUCACUCGCUGCUGUUCUUUCUGUGAGAGCUUAAGCGGUGUCUGCUAGAACAGGGGGUCAUUAAAUGUCAUCGCCCACCAGAGGUGGUGCCCAGGGGCUGCCAUGUUCUUGAACCAGUUCUGAAACAAGUCCCUUUUUCAAAACAUGUUUCCAUUGCCACGGGUGAGGCUGUUGCCUGGGCUCUUAAGGGGUCUUUGGUGCUAUAGAUGCUGUCUGGGUGUUGCUGGAGCUGGAGAGUCUCUCAGACAGAUGUCCUUCCCCAUCCUGCUUGACUAUUACUGCUAUCAAACAAUGGUUGCUUGAGAUGAAGAGAGCAUAUAGGCUGAGGCGAAGAGGAAAGGAACUGUUUCAAAGAUGUCUCAGCACUGAGCAAGUCAGUAAGUCUGGCCGUGGACAAAAUGAGUGACAGGCUGAGCAGGACUGCUUGCACAUUAGAGGCGACUAAGUUCAUAUAAAGUGAGUUCCUGGUAGUCUUUAGCAUAAACUGGGGUCUAAUUUCCUAGCAUAACCUCAGGCUUUCAUGAGUAAAACUACCAUUUUAAGGAGAUCUCUUUGACACCUUUGUUUGAUGUAGUGUAUCAUUUGUCUGUGUGGGGAGUGGCUCUUCACUAAGCUCUAUUUCAUAGAAAACAAGAAGGAGCUGUCCUUCAUGCUAAACAUAGUUAAGAGCUGUGGCACUCUACUAGAGGAUGCUAUAGGUAACAAAAAUUUACAUGAGCACGAAGUAAACUAGAAAAGCAGGUGCAAACGUUUUUCUGAAGGAGUUUGUAUACAGGACAAGACCCCAGUUCAAAAACUGUUGGGAGCUUGGGAAUAUUUGGGGCAACAUCACUUAGACUUUACCUGAGGCAUCUGAUGGCAGGUCCCUGUCAAAGAGAGGUGUCCUGCAUGUGUGGGUCUUUGCUCUGGCUUGCUGUAGCUGCUCUAAGAUGCUUGUAUUUCAAGUCAUAUAUCCUUGCUGAGAGCUUGGGUUGUGAGUGGGAGCAGCUGGCAGCCUUUGAGCUCUUCUGUGUAAGUACCCUGAGAUUACACCCUUGCUCUGUAGUGUCCUGAUGUCCUUGUGUUCCUGUUACGGACAUCUUCUUGUCCAUGUGCCUUAUUGCUGCAAAACCCUUCUUGUUCUGAAACUUCCAUCAGCUACCCAAUGCAUGUGACUUCUGUUAAAUAAUAGCCUAGUUUCUUGGUAGAGUCCUUCUGUAAUGGGGGAGAACCACUGGUCUCAGCUGCCUGGUGAAAGUCCUGGCAGUCCCUGCUCUACAUUGGCCUCAGUAAACAAUAAGAACGUAUCUUUUCUGUUUGUUUGGAAUAAUGUCCCAUGUGUGACGGCUGUUCAUGUUUCACCCUGGAGUCCAAAGUGGUUAGUCCUUCCUGCUAUAUGGGUUUUUUUUUGUGUGCUUAACAGCCACAUUUUCCUCCUAUCUCAAGGCAGGUGUACUAUGGGGGAACUUGCUUUUAGGAACAGUGCCAAGAGGAGAGCACUGAAUAGGAGGAGCUUUGAUAGCUUGACUGGAACUGUGGCUCUCCUUCUCUUGAACUCAUUAUAGAAGCCAUCUUCUGAGUUACCAAAGAGCACCACCCUAAAAAGAUUUUUCAGAAAUGCUUUGGCUUCCCAGCCUUGUGCAGAAGGAAAGCCAGAAGGAAAGCGAGCAGGAAACAGGCGCAGCAAUUUGGCCUAAGUCUGUGUUUGAGGUAAACACGACCACAUUUCCUGCCCUUCAGGGUUUCACUCAAUGAUUUGUGCUGUCAUUAGUGCUGUGUAGGAUGAACAGCAGCAGCCCUUUGCAGCAUUGCUUUUCCUUUUGUUGCCAGGUAGUUCUACUAAAAGCAAAACAAGGCUUGUUCUGUCAGACUGCAGCACGGCACGGGAGAGAUGAACUGCCUCACUUCACUCCCGUUGACUGCCAACCCCUUGCAGCCUAUGCAGCAUCAGCAGCUUUGCUGAUCAGCAUCAGGUUUUGUGGCUGUGACCCUGCUAGCGCAGUUUGGCAUGCUGUCUUGCCAUGUACUGCCUGUGUUGUUCCUGCUUGUCUGCAGAAUUGUGUUCCUCUCUCUUCCCACGGCCCCUUUUCUUCCUCCAAACAACAGACGACGCAUCCAGCCUUAAGUGACUGCUGCCAUACUGCUGUUGUGCUGGCUUAUGCUUCAUGUUGCUUCUUUGUGUGUACGUUAAGGCAUACGUUGUCGAAGUCCUGGCUCUGCAAAGGACAUUUCUGGUGUGGCCUCCUCGAAUUUUUGCUUUUGGGUGUGAGAGAUUCUUCAGCAAGGGGGUGGAAGAAAGCUGCUUGUAUCCCUUUGUGAAGCAAAAAGGCUAGGUGGGGGUGGCCAGUGGCAUGGUAUCUAUCUGUUAAGAAGUUUCCAAGGAACAUUCCGUAUUAUUCACAGCUAGUCAAAGUUAUAGUGCAAAUCUGGCUGUUUCCUUUGCACAUACACAGAUCAAGAAACAAUUCUCUUGCUUGUGAGCAAGCCCUGAAGGGGUUGUGAGCUAUGUGAACCGUAGUUGGUUGACCACUGGUAAAUUCACUUCUGUGAAGUCUGGCUUCUGUUUCAAACAAUCUCAUCUGGCAUUUCCACGUCUCUUAUAAUGCAAUCAUCCUGUUCCUGUGAUUUUUCUUGUGCCUUCUGCCUAAGAAUAAAGCUUUGAAAGAUAAAAUGUGGAAGUACCAAAUGUGAAAAAUAAAAGAAGGGGAGCUUUGCUGUUUCAUGUUUCAGUCUACUGCUACUGUCCUCAGUGGCUUUGUCAGUCCGACUCUUUAAAGCUCAUGAAAAGACCCUCCUGCUGUACCUCUGCUCCUGGACUUAAUACUAGGUAUCUCCAGCUGCUCCCUGACCACUUGUAUCAACAGCUGAGGUUGUGGAAAGCUGGAGGGAGGGUGACUCCUGGAAAUUACAGCACAUCCCUGCUUCCUUGGCUGUGAGGAAUAGGAAUCAAGUCUUCCUGGUUGUUUAAAAUCCUCUGGAUCCUUCUGGUGAAGACCAGGUCUCCUUCCUUCCCUCUUCUUCAUCUUUCCUUUCAAAGUCUGAACACGAUUUUUCUCUUGCUGCAGCAACAAUCACUUUGGCAGAGCUUUCCCCCACAGUGGUGACCAUCUCUCCAAUCUGGGAGAAACGCCCCUUUCCCUGUGCCUGAAGCUCAAGUGAAGAGGGAGACAUUGGAAGAGAAGAGCUGCAGGAUGCAGAUGAGGUGAUCUGUGAGGUCUGCAGAGAGCACCUCGCACCAUCCCUCCCGAGGGCACAGGAGCCAUUCGCUGCCAGCUCUUGGCAGAUAUCAGCACUGUAAUAGCAGCACUGAUGAGCAUCCCGGCAGUGCUCUGCUCCUUCCCGCCUGUCAGGCUCCUCUGCCUGUGAUCUCAACAGCCUGGCAUCUGGGAGAAUGGUUUCAAUCAGGCCUAUUAAUCCCGAGUCCUGGCUGCUAUACCGUAAUAAAAUUCUAGGCAGAAUGAGCGGGAGGAUAAUUGCUGUUUUGCAGUCCUGAUAUUUCAUGUCAAAAUAAGAGAGGUCGGAGCUGCAUUUGUGUAUGAGUGGCUCAGUCUGUGUUUCCCACGCAAAUUGCUCUUGCUACUGAGGUGCUUAUGGUUCUUCCCUGCUAGCUGGACAUGUGCCAGGGGUAGAAAGGGUGCAAACUUAAGUAACUGGUGGUACAUGUAUGUGUGUAUAGUGUGCGUUUUUUGAUGCCAGCAGUGCUGGCUGGUAGUGGUAUUUAUCUAGAGGGAUGGGGAAGGACAUCAAGAAUUAAUGUUCUGCAGGGGUUUAUGAAAUACUUAGCAGCUAUAUAGCUUCACUUGGAUGUUGACCCACAGCCACUGUCAGCAGAGUACAGACCACCAAAUAUAGUUUGAAUCGUGUAGUGAGCUCCACGGUACCAAUUGUAGGCUGCAUCCAUGCGGGCUGCCACUGAGUUGCUUAUCAUACCUACUGCUGAGUGUGAGUGUAAAAGGCGAGAGCGCAUCCAAGUGAGGAUGUGGGAAGCAGCGUGGUGAGAGGAAACAAAACAAUCUUGGGAAAGGCUGGAAAUGAGAAGCGUGGGAGGCGUGAGGAGGGAUAUUGCUAAGAACCACAGGUUGUUCCUGCUCGUUUUCCUGACAAAGGCCAUUAUUGCUGAGCCAGAAAUAGGUGACAUCAAAGCCUUGGCACUGGCUGUUUCUUAUCUACUGCUGGUACUGGGUCUGAAUGCAGAAGGAGCAAAGUUCACUUCUGCAGCCCGGGGAAACAGCAGUGCAGGGGGAGCUGGGGCAGCAGAAAGAGUUGCCAGGCCCUACCUGGAUGUGGGUACUCAGAUGGAGUUUAUCCCUGUAGCUGCGGACUGAAGAAACCACUAGUGGGAGCAGAUUGCUGCUCUUGUGGGACAAGGAGGGGCAGUCAGGAAGGUUGACAGCUUGGCAGCUGUUUAGAUAGCAAUUAUGGCUUACCAGCCUCAUAUACACAGAGGAUUUUAGGUUUGCACUGGCUCUGUUUAUUUAGACUUUCAGCUCUGUACAUCACCCAGCAAACUGGUCACUUGUGGCCAUAACUGGACUGCAAACAGUGGACUAUUUGACUUUUCCAUUGGUUAAAUUCACCUCAACCAAGAGGUGUUUGGGGUAGGAAUUUCUGGAGGGGAGUUUUCUGUUGUGUUUGAGCCUUGAUGACCUCUUGUCUGCUAAUCUGCCAGAGCAAGAGCAGCAGUGUCUGCACGGUUGUCUUCAGAGAGGUCACAGAUCCUCAGUGACCUCAACAGUCCAACAUUAGAGAAAAUAAGGGGGAAGCACAGAUCCAGUCCAUUUUACACACUGUGGGGGCCAGCAUGUGGAUGCCAUUCAUGCUGGCAUGUCUGGCAUGCCAGCCUGUGAGUGUGGAGGAGGCAGGCGUGAGUCACAGCUUGUGAAUGUCAGUAUCUCUUCUUAGCCUUGGUGGAAUCCAGAAGGGAGGAGUUCAUGCCCCCAUAUCAUCCCCCACGUUGCCCUGGAGACAGAGGUGAUGUUUCAUUUUGCUUCAUGGUGGCUGUAAGCUGCAGGCAGAGCUCCAGGGGUGACUGCAGGGAGCCGCCUAUGCUGUCCAUCUGUUCCUUAAAUAUAAACUCUGCACGUGUUUGGGGAAGUGUUGGGCUUUGUGCUUGUCAGUACAAUCCGUUCAGCACAGAAGGGGUGGUUCUGGUGCAGUGUGGGAGCACUGCUGGCUGAGGAGUGGUACCAGCAGCUAGCAGAAAAAUGUGCUCAGUUGCCCUUAGGUCUCCCCUCACUAUACAGAGAGCAGAGCAGCCCUCUCUCACCCCUGUGAGAGAUGCGGCUUAGACAGGGGGUCUGCGAGAGGUAUGAUGGGUGAUUUGUGAUUUGCCACAGCCUGCUGUAGCCUUCUUUCGACUCUUAUGCAUAGGAGCUCUUUCUACAUUUGGGGAGGAGGGACUGUUGGGCUGCUAACUGCUGUGCCUCUGAGUCGUGGGUUGCUGUCUCGUUCCUGCUGCUGAGAGGGGAACGUAAAGCAUAUUGCUCAGCUCCUGUGCUGUGCUGGGGAAUGAGCCUAACAAAGCCUGCUCUGUUCAUUGCCUGCUCGCCUGGGCUUCCCUCUGGUGUGUUCCCAGGCAGGAAAAAAGGGAAUUUGAACCACUGUACUUACAAGAAGGAAAAAUCCAGCUACUGACCUCCCAGGCUGUUAGCCUCAGAGUUGGUCAGGGUGUUGGGGAAAUGUGGUCCUUGACUCACAGCUGUGCUGUAAGGGAAGGAAAAGCAGACAGCUGCAGGGGAACACGCUGCUUUCUCUAGUGUCAAGAUGUUUGCCAUCUUCCCAUCGCAGAGGAAAAAAUGCUCUGCUGCUUUUUACAGAGUGCAAAGUAGUAGUCCAAAGGCUGAGCAUAUGCCAGUGACAUUUGGAGAGGCUCCCAAAGGAACUAAAUAUGUGGUUACUCCCAUUUCUUGAAGUGUUUUUUUGAGUCUUCGUGCUAUUGGAGAGUUAAUCCAAGUUGUCCCAGAUGGGUAGAAUGGACUACUUCAAGCCUUUAAAAUUAUAACAUUUAAAAUAGUGGGAAGUCAAACAAGAUUAUAUGGUCCCUCUAGAUGUGAAAAUUGGCUCUGCAGGGAGAGGAAACAAAAAAGGGGGAUUACGUAUCAAACUCCUUUUAAGCAUUCCUGUAGCAAGGCUUGUUCGUACAGUGCUGGAAUCACCUGAAGGCGCGUUGAUGAAGUAAUCCAUGGCAGGGUUUUUCAGCUGCAUCUGAAGUGCAGCCGCAGUGUGCUGACACCUGUUAGAGGAGCCCUCUUCCAUUUUCUUACCCAGAUGAAGCAGAAGACACUAACAGACACCCUCCAAAGCCCAGCACAUGUCUCAGCUGAUUAUAGCUCUGUGCCCUUUGUGAAGCCGCUGCCUGCCCUUUGCCUGUAGUUUGAAUGAAGCAGGACGGAGUACCUUUGUGAGCCCAGCUCCCAGUGCUAGCUCUGGCUGACGGCUAGGGGGUUUCUUUACAGCCUGCUGGAGCGUGCUUUGGGCUUGGGGACUGCUUUUUGCCCUUGCCUUCAGCCUUGGCAAAGGGCCGGCAAGUAAUUGCCUUGACGACAGCCUUCUCCUUCCAGUUAUUUAUUCACAUGCUGACGCCUCCCUGCCAAGUUUUCAGGCUGAUCUGAAAACAGCAGCAUAAAUGGUGGGGUGGAAGGGGGAGAAAUGUUGUUUUUUUGGCUGGAGGUUUGUUUGAUUUUUUUUGCUGGAAGAACGAUCCUUCCUCAAUGCAGCCUCGUGCAGUGUGGAUUGGGUGUUUUCAGUAUUGCUUCUAUAGCAACCGGAAAGAGACGGCUCCUAUGGACUGGGCUCUCAGCUCCACAGAAUGAAAAGUCACUUAAUUUGCCCUUGGUUGUGCUUGAUAUUUGAUCUGGCUCUAGCAAAGUGUUUUUAGCUCUGAAAAUGGAUAGAACUCCUGUAAGCGUUCGAGCACUCCAAAGUGGACCACUUAGAGCUGUCUGCUUUCCCAGAUCCAGCAGGGGACCGGAGCCAGAGGUGAAAAGGAAGCUUUUGAAGAGUGCUGAAGAUCUGCAGUGGUUCUGUGGAGUGCUUUGGUAGGGAAAGGAAUUUGCUAAGCCAGAAAGAUGCGUGAAUAUACUGAGAAGAAAGAAACAUGUGGGACUAUCUGUCUCAAGUACCUGCUUUUCAUCUUCAACUUUUUUUUCUGGCUGGCUGGCGGGGCUGUGAUGGCAGUGGGCGCCUGGACCCUGGCUAAGAAGAGCGACUACAUCAGCCUGCUCUCUUCUAGCACAUAUUCAGCUACUGCUUAUAUUCUGGUGGUGGCAGGGGUGGUUGUGAUGGUUACUGGCAUCCUUGGCUGCUGUGCCACCUUCAAGGAGCGUCGGAAUUUGCUAAGAGUGUAUUUCAUAUUGUUGCUGUGCAUCUUUCUCCUGGAGAUCAUUGCUGGAAUCCUGGCCUAUAUCUACUACCAGCAGCUGAGCACGGAGCUGAAGGAAAAUCUGAAGAACACCAUGACUGAGAAGUACCGCAAAGAGGGAGAAGAGAGAGUGACCAGUGCAGUGGACAAACUGCAGCAGGAGUUCAAGUGCUGUGGGAGCAACAACUACACAGACUGGGCUGACAGUAUGUGGAUCAAAUCUCCAGAGGCGAGUGGACGGAAAGUUCCUGACAGCUGCUGUAAGACAAUAACCGUCCUGUGUGGCCGAAGGGACCAUCCUUCCAACAUCUACAAGGAGAAUGGUUGCAUUACCAAGCUGGAAAACUUCAUUCAAGAACAUCUGAAAAUUAUUGGCAUAGUUGGGAUCAGCAUUGCUUGUGUGCAGAUCUUCGGGAUGAUUUUCACUUGUUGCUUGUACAGGAGUUUGAAGCAGGAGCCGUAUUAAUAGCUGUGGGAACUCUGUCAGCUCCCCCUCUGCCACUUCCCUUAGUGCCUGCCAACCUCACCACCCUCCACCACCACCACAGAAGUGUCUGCAAGCUGAGGACUUCGCUCUAAUUAAAUGCCUUACCUGCCCCUUUUGAGGAAAGUCACCCUCCUUGUUGUGCACAAGGCAGCCAGGAAUUCAGCAGGUCCUCUUCAUUGUCAAGAAACAGAAGAGUUGUGGAUCUUCUGCUAGAAGCUUUAGCAAAACAGUCCCUUGAUGUAACUAUGAAGCAAGAUUUAUCUAGGGCCAUUUCUCUUGGGGCUCUUCCUGAGCCAACGUGAAGGUAUUGGGGUGCUACUCAGGAACCACAGUUUGCUUUCUGAGAAGUGGCUCAGCAGAGCUGGGCACUGACUGUGAGGACAGAUGAUGUUUCUGCGCUGAGCUGGAACCAAAUCUGAGUCUCUCAGACACAGAAGAUUUGUCAUUCUCCCCCCAGCCCGUGCACUGAUGUCCUAACACAGCUGUUCUCCACCUGAGAAGAUGCAUGUCUGGUUGCGUGGGGCAGGAAUUGCACCCUGUGCUGAUCAGGAGCACAACUUGGGACUGUUGAAAUCCUGUUGCGGCUCUAAUGUUGUCAAGAUCUGGGUGGGUGCCUUAGUAUUUCUCAGCAAUCCUUCCUCCUCUUCCUUGAAGCUUCCCUGCAACACAGUGCCAUUAGGAGCCACAAGAAGCCUUUUGCCGCCUAGCAAUUCUAGAGCCAAAGACAUUGGACUGCUUUCUAAUUCUUUUGGGUCUAGUGUUUUUCAGUUAGUGGCUUCCGGUGUGAAUGAGAAAGCUCAAAGAGUUGUUUCCUGCGUGUCCCCUGCUGUGGUUUGGCAAAGAGCUGGUCUGUCAGUGGAGCUGAUAUAUCAUGCUACACUUUGGCCUGUUUGGUUAGUGGAAAUGCCUCAUCACAUUUCUUACAUGUUGAGAGACACCCUGGGCUUGAUGCUCUAAUUAAAACCUCCGCGCUUGCCUCUCUUGGGUGGAAAAUGAAUAUAUACAAAUGUUGGAUCAGCCUCCAAAGAGCUCAUUAAUCAGCUGAGGGUUUUCUGGCUUUAAUGAGAUCUGGAAGCCCACUUUCCAGACUGUCCCAGCAGUAAACAGUAGAGUCGGCUUCCCCUCGGUUGCUCCAGUGUAUUUGGUAAAUUGGUAGUGCUGGCUUUAACUGGCUGUUUAAUUAAAUAGAUUUAAUUAAAUGUUAUCUCUGCACUGGGAUCCUGGUUACAUACAGGGCUUAAAUGCGACUGCUGCCAUGGAAUUGGUGCCACUGUUAUGCCAACAAGGUCUUAGCCUGGAUUUGUAGGACCUUGGGAGCCUCAGCUGUCCUGAGGGAAUUGAUAGUUUUCUUCCUAAUCAUCCUGGAAAGGGUGCUCAUCAAGAAGUCUGCUUGGUAGAGCAGAAUUAUCUUGUUUUCACUUUCCUGACAUGCUUUGUGCACCCAUGGAGCAGAAAGAGCUGUAGGGAUUUGGGGUUUCUAAGCAGUGAAGAUAACGCCCUUCUAUAAGCCAGGCAAUUUACUCACCGUCUUGUCCUUUUGGUGGUGCCCCAUCCCUUGGCAGCACGCAUCAGCAAAAUCACCCAGAGCCCUGAAGGGUCUCACAGCUCUGUGGGGGGGUUUGAUUCACAGAGCAAUCCUGGACUGGUCCCUCAGAGGAGGCUGAAGGGUGACAAGUUAAAAUUCAGAGCAGGUAAAUCUGAAACUCCCCCAUCAGCAGGAGCACCGUGAAAUAAUCCCUAACACUAAUGCAAAAAGAGGUGGAGGAACUGAGGUGUAUCCGUUGUGCUACAGCAAUAGGAAAGAGGGAAGAGAAAUCUAAAUUAUUGUGUAAUGAUCUAAAGGAGAAAUCUCUAAAUUAUUUCUUGGUUUAUAUUCAAGUUCCUGACAAGUACUGACUACUAACUGAGGAAAAAUACUGAGCACGUUGCUUGAAGCAGUAUUUCUAGUUUCUUACACGUAUCUUCUUAGUUGCCUUUGCCUGUUUCCUUGAAGUGCAUUGUGCAGGGCUGGGAGAGGCCAGGAAGGAUGAGAUAUGAACAGAGCUGGCUUGUGUCCAUUGAGUUGUUUUAUACUUUUUCCUCUGUAUAAUAAUAUUCAUUGCUUUUUUUAUUGUAUUUUAACUCAAUUUAAGUUGCUGGCCAAUAGAAAAAUAAAGCUCUGUACUUAUUCUGUGUAGCAGAACCAAA